AUGCAGUUCAAGACCCUCGCCCUCGCCCUCCUCGCCUCCGCGGCCGCCGCCGACUCCGUCCAGGAGCUCGUGAGCGAGCUGCCGGCGUGCGCGAAGAAGUGUCUCGACGACGCCUCCGCGCAGAUCGGCUGCUCCGCCACCGACGUCAAGUGCCAGUGCGGCAAGUUCACCGACCUGACCGACGCCGCCAUCGGCUGCCUUUCCCUGACCUGCAGCUCCGACGAGCUGUCCGACGCAACAUCCACCUCCGCCGAAAUCUGCGGCAAGUCCACCAUCGACUCCACCAUCGACUCCACCGGCGACGCCAUCGCCUCCGCCGCCGGCAGCGCCGCCUCGUCCGUCACCUCCGUCGUCGGCGAUGCCGCGUCCUCCGUCGGCGACGUCGCUUCCGACGUCGCGUCCGACGUAACCUCCAAGGUCACGUCUGCCGUCGGCGACCUCGUCACCCCCACCGAGACCGGGUCUGCGUCGUCCGGCAGCGGCAGCGGCAGCAGUGCGUCGUCUGGGGCCGCGAAUGCGGAUGCGGCGGAGGCGACCCCGACGGGCGCGGGUCACCGCGCUGUGGCGGGCUUGGGGCUCGCCGCGGCGUUUGUGGCUUUCGCUCUGUAG